GGCGGAGCGGCCGUUCCGGGACGUUGUUACUAACGCUCCACGGUCGCCGGGGCCGCUGGCGCGGAGCCGCAAGGGGAUCCCGGCCGGACUGAAAGGAAUAAUUGCUUUGUUUUGACAAGUGAACCAAAGAAGUAUGACAUAGAAGUCUUACAGAAUGCAUGCAUGAAAACUAGGCUGUCAUGUUUACAAGAUUCUAAAAAUGGAAUGGGGAGGAGAGUAUUCUUUUGAUUCUUCCAAUUUAGACUGUUUGUUAAAUGUCCUCCCUGGAGAACUGGAAUUUCGACAAAUCCUUAGUGAUCUUGAUGAAAAAAUAAAGAAGAACUCUUCCAGCAUAGAAAAGUGUCUUAAGGACCUGCAAUCAGACGUAAAUGAAAUAUGUACUGAUGAAGUACUACAAAGCACAACUGACUGCAUUCAGUGGCUAAAUAACUGCAAUUUUAGUUCUCUCAGACCUUCUUCUACAGACCAUGGAGAGCUGCUGGAGUUCCUUAAGACCCUGCAAAGCUUGUUGAAGAAUGAGAAGAAUCAAGAAGAAAUGGUACUUCACUUCCUCCUGGAUCUCUCUAGUCAGUGUGGUGUCUCAUUUCCCUGUACUGCAAGUGGGAUGUCUUUUGAGUUAACAUCUUCACUUCAUACUAUUCAGGAUGAUUCAGCUGUGGAUGUGAAAUCUCUUUGGGAUGAUGUGAGAUUGCAUCUUCGACAAUUUUUAGUACAUAGACUGCAAAGUCAAGAAGAAACAAACACUAAUGCUUUGCAACAACAAAUGGAAUUUAAAACUCAGUGUGUACAGCAGCUUUUGUUUCUUUAUCCCAAAUCAGAAGUCUUAAUGAGGUAUCAAAAUAUGCAGAAUAAACUGGUUAGUGAUCUUCUACAAAACUGUAUUUUGUCUAGUAGUGGUGAAACAAAUUUUGAUAAGGUGGUUCAUGGUUACCAAAGUUCCAUACCCAGAUUGUGCACAAUGAUAAAAGAGGAUUUGUAUAUCCUAAGUGGAACAGUUGGUCCAUCUUCAUCAUUAAAGUUUAUUAAUGAAACUUACCUGGAUACUAUCACUGAAGAAAUGACAGUUCUUCUUGAAAGACUUUGUGAGCUGCAGUUCAAAGAAAAUGCUCUACACAUAGUUAAAGCAAACAAGAUUUCAAAGAAGCAUAGAGGAAGAGUUCACGCUGUAGCCUCCCAGGAAUACCACAGGAAAGGACGGAACUUCUGCUUAACCUUGUAUCAACUCAAAUGUCUUUCUCAACUUAUCAAACUCUUCUUAUUAAUGGAGGAAAAAAUUGAAGAGCUCUCUACAGAAAUUCUGCUGCUGCCUUCAUUUACAGAGAGGAAUAAGAAUGUUCAAGGAGUUCUGAAGAGAGCUAGUGGGGAGCUUUUAAUAGGAGAAACUAGAGCAAAUGAAACCAGCGUGCUUCCUGAACAGUUACUUCAGGUAGAAGAGCCUAUUUUACUGAGUUUUGGCUGGAGAAAUGCAUUUAAAGACCUGUCUUCUUCUGUGGCUCACUGUAUAACAAUAGCAAUUGAGGAUUUUUCAUCUAAAAUUCUUCAACAUGAGCAGAAAGAAGAGUUUUCAGCUGCAGGCUGUGCAAUGAGUCUUGUAAAUAACCAGCAAAUAAAGGAGUCCUGCAGAGCAGUCCAACAGGAGGAGCAACCAAAACGAAUUGCUAAGUUUUGUUCUGACAUCAUGGAAGAACUUGACACAUUGCUUCCAUUGGCUCUGGCCUGCAGAGAUGAUUCUCUUCAGGAAAUUAGAGCAAACUUUGUAGAGGCCUGCAGCAAAGUGGCAACAGCUGUUCUGUCAAGACUGGAGGAGAAAAGCAAAGAAGUUCCCUUCAAGGCUCCCCUGCAAGACUUGUAUGCUGCCCUUUCCACAGCAAUAUAUGUCUUUCAGCACUUUACAACGUAUAGCAAUUUAAUGAGAGAAAAAAGCAAAAACCCCCUGUUCGUAGUGCUUAUCCAAAAAUGUCAGGAAUUCAUCAAUAUUCUCCAGUUUCAAGUUACGAACUACUGCAUCAGAGUUUGUGCUACAAGCAUUUUACAGGAUGCUGAGAGCCACUGCUGGGAUGACUACCAAGCUUUUUACGAGGGGGAAAGAUGCUCAUUCUCUGUCCAGAUGUGGCAUUACUUCUGCUGUGCUCUUCAUCAUGAUCUAUGGACUAUUCUACCUCCAAAGACAGCCCAGGAGAUUCUUACAGAUGUACUAGAGCGAUCUUUGGAUAUUCUGUCCUCCAGAUAUUGUCAGGUGUGUCCCAGUUACAAAAGAACACCACAAAUCAGAAUUGAUAUUGCAGCAAUUUUGAUGUCCACUGAAGAUAUGCUCUGGUCAAUUUGUAGUUCUGUGCAGGAGUUUCUGAAUCCACACAAAGACAGAAAUCUCAAAAUCUAUAAAAUACAUAGCCACUGCAAUAGUCUGAUUUCUGUGCUGGCUAUUUUAACUUCACCCUUGAAGAAUUUGUAUGAGACAUUUCUGGAUAAUUCUGAUGAACAUCUUCCUCAAGAUUUUUCAGAAGUGUUUUAUCAUCCAUUACACUGGUUAUUUUGCAUACCAUCAUCCUGUUUUUCCUUUCUGAAGACUCCAUCAGCCAGAGAAAUGGCAGCCCAAGGUCUGCUGAAGCUGCUCUUAUCCCAGCCAUACUGUAAUUUGAACUUGCUUUUGGAGACAUUGCUACAUCAUGACUGUCUCUUAGUGAAAAUUUUGCUGAGAAGCUCAGGUAAUCAAGCAUUAAAUCGUGGUGAACAAAGUUCUCUCUUGGAACAGGAAAAUAACAAAGAGCCUACUCUGAUUGAAACAAUCUUCACAGUAUUGUCUUACUGCACUUUAUCACCCAAAUCUCUUGGCAUUGCUUUUGAGUCCUACAUGGAAAAAGAGCUGCUGUGGAACUGCUUAUGCAAUAUGACAGUUUCCAGUUGUGAGUCGGAGCCAGAAGUUAUCAGAUGCUUGAAGUUGACUUUGAUUAAUUCAGUGAAGGGUAUAGUGAAACAAAUAAUUUCUUUGAUGCAUUCAUGGGAGGCAACUGAAAACUAUGGAACAUACCAGCACAAGCAAAUAGUUCCUGAAGGUUUACUGAAAACUGUUCCAAAGGAAUGGAAUUACACUCCUCGGGAAAUGAAGAGAAAAGAAUCUGGGAAAUGCUUCACAAGGCUUGCAGCUCAAGCAGUAUCUAUUGUAAUCAGCAAGUUACCUACUGUGAUUGCAUGUUUGCCUCCCCCAGUUAAAUACUUCUUUUUUCUGGCUGAGAGAAAAAUGUCAAGAAAUUUUGCUGAAUUGAAGAAAGCUGGUCUGCUUGUCUGGAACUUGAUUGUAAUUAUAUGUCGGAUAUUUGAGGAUGGAAAUACUGCAGAAUUUUUAACAGGUGCAACACUUGACAGAUGGAGCAAAGAAAAACUCGGUUUAGUUCGCGUGUGCUUAGAAAGUAUUAUGGGAAAACAGAAAAGUGGUCCUAAGCAAGUGACCCAGAAGAUUAUACAAAGCAUUGAACAGCAAAGACCAAACUGGAUUGAAAGCCAGUUGCUGAAGGCAAGAAAAUUGAGCGUAGAUUGUGCCUCAGUCACAGUUAAAGGUGCAACAUUAGAGGAAGGAGGUAUUGCACUUGGAUUCUCUGAGCAUAAUAUAAACAUGAUGGUCCUGGAUAUCUGCCACAAACCAGGUGGCAGUGAGUACCUGAGGCAAAUUUAUCACAUCAUCCGGCUCAAUGAGGAAUAUUUGAAAGAGCAGCUGUCUUGUGAGAAUUCUUCUGAAGAUGGUGCUACCUCGAGUCAAUGUCUGCCUUUGACGCUGAAGGGCAGAGAAGAGCAGCCUGUCUUCAACCCUUUCCAAGUGUACAGACAAUCUUAUGCAAAAGUAUUCAAUCAGCCAGCCAUUAAUGAAUGGAACUGGGAUUGGUCAAGCUUGCUUCCAGGUUACUUGGGAUUGAAUCCGAUGGCCUUCAGGGUGCUGCUGUCACACAGGUGGGAGAUGAAAGAAGAUGCAGAUCUUGAAGAUGACGAGGAAAUCAUGGUGGAACACUUAAAAAAUGUCUAUUUGACACAAAGGACUCCUAUCUCAGAGGACAAAGAAAAACAAUUACCUUGACAGGUUUUGGGUAGCACCUUUCUUCUGGAUUCAACAAGAUUAACUUAGUGUCAUAACGCACAGUACUAGAAAGCUCAGAAAUAUGUAUCUUGAGUAAAAAGUUUUAAACUAAAGAGUGUUCCCUUGUUAUUGUCUGGUCACCCUAUCCAGGAAGCAAUUGUUCACAUAUGCAUAAGGUGAGAAGAGUAUAGGAAAAUGUCAGUGUCAUAAAACAAGGAGGAUGUAUCUCAGUACUGCAGAGGCAUAAAUCUGAAUGACAAACUUAAGAAUUGUUUCAAAAAUGUAAGACUCACUCACUCACUCUGAAAAUAGUGCAAUUUUAGACACAAGCUAAGCAAAUAUUUCUGGUUUCCAUCCACCACUUUGGAGUUGGAGUCAGCCUGUCCUCAGUUUGUGUCACUCAAGGACCUUUUCCCUCCAGUGUAUUUUAUGGCUUAAAAAACAAAUAAUAGAGAAAUUUUAGAAGUUUUGAGAAGCAUCUUUUUAUUUAAAAUAAUUAUUUGCAGGCAGUGCUCACAGGAUUAUCUUAAAAGUGAAUUGAGAAUUCACUUUUUAAGAAUUAUUACAUAAUUUUUUUUUAUAAAUACAGUAAAAUUUCAUAUUCAAAGCAAUUCUGGUUUGAUAUUCAAAAUUUUCUGAAUACUAAAUAUUUUUUUACACACUGGUUAAAACUAUCACCAUUUUUUGAUACAGAAGGUCUCAUUAGUAUCUCUUUAGCUCUACAGAAAUAAUACAUUAUUUUUCUGUAAGUUUCUUUCUUUGGAAGUCCAAUGGAACUACUUUUUCUGCCCGAUGAAGGACUCUGGCAGGGUCUUGCUAGGGGUGCAAUCUGAGCAGAGUUAUUUGUGUUCCCAGCAUAUCUUCACACAGAUGCUAUUAUGGACAUAAUUUAGUCCACUUCAGUAGGAUGAAGGCAUGCUUUUUCCCCCUAAAGGUUUCAGCAGCAUCAUAGGUAACAAUAUUACUAAUGCUGAUUUAGGGUCUUAGCUGAAAUGCAGUUUUUUUCUUCUCUUAGUUGCUCUUUUUAUUUUUCAUAUAAAGCAUCAAACCAUUUAAAAUUAAAAUGUGGACAAUUGCAUCUUACAAAUCUCCAAAGAUCCUGUUAAAAUACUGCAACAUAAAAGAGCUGUGAGGCAUUGUAGGUUAGAAAAUGCUAAAAACAUUAUUUAAAAAAUAAAGCAGAUAUUUUCCUCUGCUGCCAGUGUAGUAAUUUCAGAUCAUAAAGGAAGUGUUGAAGUGUGACAACCAUUUAUUUUUGCUUUGUAUUUCACCUUUAAAGAUUAGUGGGGGACUUCAGGUUUAAAACAUGUCUACAGGGAUCUUCCAUGACAGCAGGUUUGGUAUUUUGACAAAUGAGGCACACAUAUUCCAAGCUAUACAAAUAAUAUGUUAGUGUACAUGGAAAUUGGAGUUCAGAAUAUUCUCUGCUAUUUUAUCAAAACCUAUCAUACAUAAUUAACUUUUUGUAUAGUCACAUAAAGUGUCUAUGUGGUGAAACUGAUUGAAAUACUUUUUGUGAAAAUGCUCCCCUUCUGGGAAAUACCUACUCUGAAGAGGAUAAAUUUUGCAAGUGAAUAAGUUAAUUGGGAAUAAAACCUGUCACUUACACUUAAGUGGGAAUAUCCAUACAGUCACUUCCCUGGUCCUGUUGGCCACACAGUUUUGGAUAAAGGCCAAGAUACCACUGGCCUUCCUAGCUUGGGCAGACUCUAGCUCAUGUUCAGCUUGUUGUUGACCAGCAGCUUUUCUGUAGUGCCGCUUUCCAGUCGCUCUGCCCCACACGUGUGGCAUUUGAGGAGUUGUGACCCAAGUAUAAGUGUUGAUCCUCAUUCCACUGGCCUCAGCCCACUGAUCCAGCUUGUCCAGAUCUGUUGUAAAGCCUUCCAACUCUCCAACAGGUCAACGCUCCUGCUCAAUUUGGUGUCAUCUGUAAACUGACUGAGGAUGCCCUCUAGUCCCUGGUCCAAAUAAAUAUAAAAAUAAAUUGAUAAAGAUUUUGAGCAGUAUUGUCUCCAAUACUGAGCCUUGGGAAAUCCCACUUAUGACUGGCCAAUGACUAACAUGCAUAAGAAGAUAACAGCAUAAAAGCUGAACCUUUGCACAGUAUUUUAUUUGGAUGCUUUUCCUAUCCAAACCUGUAUGUUCAUCUUUUAUGGUAUCUGAGUGCAAGCAAAUGUGUAUUUUAAAUUGUACUUGACCCACAAUCCUUACUGAGAAAUAUCAGGGCCGAGAAAUACCAGAUUAUUCCUCUUUGGUCUUGCUGGCAAUGUAUCCAUCCCAAAUAACCUUUAGGGUAUAAAAGGGAUAUCAUCUUGGCAAUAUUGUUUAAUGCUGAAUACACACUUCUACAACAUUCAUAUUAUUCAAUAAAAUUACAGUCAUAAUAAUAAUUGUACAACUAAGAUUGCUAAGUAACAUGCCAUUAAUUUAUCAAGACUGUUUGCUUUAAAUGUAAACACUUAGUUGAAAAUUGAAAUAGCUGACAGUUUUUCCAUUGUGCAGAUGUAUUCUAUAGAUGCUUGUGUGUAAAAUUAGGAAUACUUUUAUAACUGUAAGACUGCUGCUUUCUUUGGCUUUUCUUCAGAAAACAAUAGCUCUAUAUUCUUUUAAAAGCUCUGCUGAUUCUAAUAUUGAAUAAAGAUUAAAUUAAUUUUUAAGAAUGAUGCAAUGCCCUGCUCUUUGACACUACCUAUUGAUCCAGGAAUUUCUUACAUGUAUGUUUAGCCUAAAUAAAUUAAAGCAACAGAAGUCAGAUCUGUUUGCUACAGUG